ACAUGAAUAACUAGCUCACUCAUGGAUUAUUUUAGUAGCCAUGAUGGCAAGCUUUUAUUAGCACGUAUAUAAAAUCAAAAGCAGUGUGUUGAGAAAUUUAUAAUUAAAAAGUAAUUAACAAUCAAAAAAUAUAUGUAUUCAAUACGGUAAUUUAGAAAUCUUGAGCAAUAUUUGCCUAAUAGAAGAUGAAAACUUUUAUAUUACCAGUCCAACUUCGCUGUAUAAAAAAAUGCUUCCAACUGAUGAACUUUGUUUGGUCAGUCGACUAAUUCUCAUUUGCCUUACCCUUAGACGAUUUAGCGCUGCACAAAUGUACUAUGAGGACGACCCCUGUGAUUUUGGUAUCUACAAAGGCAUCUGUUUGAGAGCCAGUAAAUGUAUGCAACUGCCUGUGCUAAUGAAAGAAAUGACCUUGAAAUCGGCCGAUGUUGGCCAUUGUGGCUUUACAACUACAGAGGAGAUAAUCUGUUGUCCACAAGCUCCAGCACCUGCAGCAAAGGCACUGCCAAAUAAAUUAGAAGAUAUCUUCAAACCAUUUGAAUUUCGUGCGCCGCUAGAAGAUGAAACAACCACAAGAACUAUACAACCGAUACCAGCAAAUUUUUGGUUCUCAAAUAACUUAAAGGAGAGCAAUAUAGACGGAGAGAGCGUUAGCAGGAGUAAAGAUGAAUCCGCUCCAGUUAGUUGGCCAAAGGUAGAUAACUCCGCGAGAGAAAAUACUAUAUUCAAUGGUAAUCAAAUUUCGAACCAAAGACCCUUAACGGAUGAAGGCAUAAACGAAGAAAAUGCGCGCAGAAUAAAUGAUAUAUUCAAUACAAAUCCUGAUCAGCAGGCUACACUGAUAGAGGGCAAUGCUGGAGGCAUUAACGGUAUACUAAAUGCAAAUUCUGCGCCAGUCAGUCUCUCAAAUGCGGCUGAUACUCAAAGAUUAGAUGCAAUAUUUAAUGUGAACCCGGUACCUAGUAGAAUUCCGCUGGCGGAUACUAACCAAAGAUUAGAUGCAAUAUUUAAUCUGAACCCCCUUCCGAGUGGGAUUCCGCCUGUAGAUAAUACACAAAGGAUUAACGAAAUAUUCAAUGAACAGCUGAUUCCGAUUGGAAAUAAAAUUAAUGGCAUAGACCAGACUCGACAAAUUAAUUCGGUAUUUAAUGGAAAUCUGACGCCAACUGGCGCAGCAUUUGGAAGCAUAGAUGCUGACGCUGCCCAACGCAUAAAUGCUAUAUUCAAUACAAAUACUGCAACAAGUGGCAUACCAAUCGAAGAUAAUACUCCAGUGAAUGAUGGAAGAAACAACCCGCUCGGAAACAUAAAUAAUAACAAUACGCGUGGCAUAAAUAUUAAACUCAAUGACAGUCCAUUACCGAGUGGCAUUCCUAUCGAAGUUAAUACUCAACAUCUGAAUGGUGUACCUGCUCCAGUUGGAUGGCCAAAUGCUGUUGAUUAUCAAAAUAUACCACCUACGAGUGUACUUAAUAGAAAUCCUGCGCCGAAUUGGAUUACAAUUCAAGAUAAUACACAAAAGAUUGAUAGCGCAUUUAACGCAGGUACUGUCUUCGCUGGCGAUGACGUCGGACAGCGAAUAAAUUCCAUAUUUAACACAAACCCUGUGCCAAAAGUGAUGCCCAUCGAAGAAAAUGCUCAAAGAUUUAACGCAAUAUUCAAUGGGAACCCUGUUCAAACUGCAAAUGAAAUAAAUAAUGAUCCAUUUCAUAAUUUUCUAAAGCAACCAAGAAAUGAAAGGCUGCCUGCAAAUCGGGAAAUUGUUGAUAUGCCUGUGCAACAACCCCCACUUCCUUUGGCAAGACACUUUCGACCUCAGUUUGGGCGCGUGGAGCAGCAAUGAGGCGAGAUGGGGUUUUCGGAGGUCUCUUUUUAAGAAAUUUAUUUAAAAUAAAUUUAUAGUUUUUUAUUUAAUGGAAUUAUCUACUUGUUCUAUGAAG